AUGAGCUGUAGCUCCAAUAGCUCUACUAACCUCAGUCAAGAGGUACAAGCGGCUUUAACGCGCUUAUUGAAUGUGAGCUCUACUUUUAAAGAUCUACAGCCAGGAAAGGAUACGCAGGUAUCAACGCGUGAGGAAACUAUUGAUAUGAUGCAGCAUUAUCUUAAACGUCUGCAUAUGGACCAAGUAGUAAAUAGUAGCUCCCCAAGAGCGCUCUCGGUAGUGCAUGUGGCGGGGACGAAGGGUAAAGGCUCUACUUGUGCUAUGGUAGAGCGAAUAUUGCGUCAGGCAGGCUACAAGACGGGACUUUUCACUUCACCCCAUCUCAUCUCACCUUGUGAACGCUUCCGAAUUAAUGGAAAGUCUAUCGCUGACGAUGUUUUCUUACGACAUUUUAAUGCAGUAUGGGAUGGACUGGAACGUACGCAAGAAGAAAGCGGUAUGUAUCCGCCAAUGGCCUGGUUUUUCCGCUUUCUAACGCUCAUGGCGUUGCAUCUCUUUGCUGACGAACAAGUGGAUGUGGUUAUUUUGGAAGUCGGACUUGGAGGACGAUUGGAUGCCACAAAUGUAUUUCGUAAGCCAGUGGUUUGUGGUAUUUCGACACUUGAUUUGGACCACACGCGCGUGCUGGGUGCGACUCUUGAUAUGAUUGCCUGCGCAAAGGCUGGAAUCUUUAAGCCUGGUGUACCUGCAUUUACCACUGCUCAGGAGUCGGUUGCUAUGGAGAUGCUGAAGAAAUGUGCUUUAGAGACUGGCACACCGCUUGUAAUUGUACCGACACUUGAUGGCUUUGGACCAGACGGUGUGAAUUGUAAGCUUGGUAUGCACGGAAACUAUCAGCGCACGAAUGCAGGAUUAGCGGUGGCACUGGCAUCUACAUGGCUGCGCAACAAGCGUGGUGAAGAUGCUCCUACCCAAUCAAUGUUUGCCGAAGUGCUUGAGCCGGUGGUGAAGGAAGGAUUGCAGUACGCAUUCUGGCCGGGCCGAGCGCAGCUAUGGAAAGACAAAGCGCAUAAGAUGUGUUUUUAUAUAGAUGGUGCGCACACGUUGCGCAGCUUAAAGUGCUGUGUAGACUGGUUUCAACAAGCUUCAAUCCGGACAACAUCGGUUCAUCAGCGUGUGCUCAUAUUUUCAAUCCAUCACGAACGGAACGUUGCGCAGCUCUUCGAACCGCUGUUGAGUCAAUACUUUGAUCGCGUCUACUUCUGCCCGACAAGUUCAUCCCGCCCUAGCCUUGCUAAGAUUCAUACGUUUUCAGAAGCUCUUCAGAUUGCUGGUUACGAAGAAGUGGUGGGCAAAUAUUCGUCAGUAGAGCUGGCGGUGCUGAAUGACGUGAAUAGCGAAAUACACCCGUGGCAUACAACGCUACUUCGAAUUUGGAACGCGUUGAAAGCUCACAUUAUAAAGGAGAACCAGAGCAAGUGCAUUGUCACCGUGAUGGACUCGGUCGCUGAUUGCAUCGGCGAGCUGCGUGCGCUCUCUAAGAAUGCAGGAGCUUUGCUAAUUAAGGACGAAGCUGCGAAGCAAGAUCAGUGGGACGAAAGCUGGAGCAUAUUGGUGACAGGCUCAUUGUACUUAAGUGGUGAGGCGCUGGACUUUCUGGGGUGGCAAGAAUAA